AUGGCAAUGCUAGGCAAGUUCGAUGUACGUGAAGAUCCUGAACAAAAGGCUAAAUGUGAUGAAACAAUGGAAUUAUUAUUAGCCGCUGGUUAUUUUCGAGUGCGCAUUAAAGGUUUAUCCGACUUUGAUAAAGUAGUCGGUGGGCUGGCUUGGAGCAUUCAAGCAUGUAAUUUUGCGGUUGAUAUAGAUGUACUUUAUCAAGAAAAUACUAUUCUUGGUCAAAAGAUUGCAUUAACAGAACGUAUUGUUCUUGUAUUAUCUCGUAUGAAAUGUCCACAUUCAAUUGAACCAUUUCAAAUUCAAGGUGGUGAUUUUAUACAUAUAUUUCCUGUUAUUCAAUGGCUUGUUAAACGAGUUUUUGAACGACGUGCUGAAAUUGGAGAUUUUAAUCGAGCUUAUACAUUAAAUCAAUAUAAUAAACGAUUUGGUGAAUUAACCGAUGAAAUAAAAUCAACAUCAGUCAAAGAAAAUGUUGAAGAUAUUCGAGCACGUCAUCAACCGAAACGUCGUUUUCGUUGUUUAGAUAAGAAAAAGAAGCGAUUUAAUAAUGCAGAUGAACGUCGUAAACGAAUUCAUUCAACUCUUGUUGAAUUUGGUCAAAUGCAUCAAUUACUUGAUACAUCCGAUGGUAAUGAAAAGCCACAACAAGAUGUUGAUGCAUUAAUUAAAAAUAUGGUUAAUGAAAAAUCAAAAAUUACUACACAAAUUGUUAAUUCAUUGGUUAAUCAGCAACAAGAUGCACUACGAGGAAUUAUUGAAGAUUUCGAAGAAAAAGAAAAAGCUCGUCUUGAAGAAGCACUUUUAUCUGAAAGUGGUCAACAACAAUUAGCACUACGUACAUUUAAAGUACAAUUAAAUAAACAAAAUGAACGAAUUAAUACAUUACAAAUGAAUAUAGAACAAACACAAAAUAAAAAAGAACAGAAAAAGAAUUCUGCACUUGAAAUUAAACAACAACAUGAUCAAUUGCAAGAAGAAUUAGAACAAAUUGAAAAUCAAACAAAAAAUGUUGAUCCUGAAGCUCUUAAACGAGUCCAAGCACUUGUUGCUGAUUAUGAAGCAGCAAAAAAAGAAGAAACUGAAUUACGUGCAAAAUAUAGAAAAGAAAGGGAUGAACUUGAACAAGAAAAUGCUAAGUUAGAAGCACGUUUACAAGCAUCACCCGAUGCAGAUUCAGCAGAAAAUGAACGAAUGAAACAAAUUGAAGAACAAUAUCAACUGGUUUCAGAUCGGCUACAAAAACAACGUCUCGCUAUGGCAAAAAAAGUACGUGAAAUCUCUGCACUUAGUCGACGUAUUGAUGAUAUUCCAUCAGCAAAUGAAUUAGCUCAAUAUCGUCAAGCAUUUUUUCAAUUAUAUAAUCAAAGUGCGGUUUUAUAUCGACAAACGAAACAAAACUAUACAUUAUAUAAUACAUUUACUGAUAUGAUUGAUUAUAUGACAAAAGAAAUCAUGUUAAUUGAAUCAAUUAAUGAAGGUUAUCCACAAGCCAUUCUUUCAGCAAAUGGUAAAGAACAUUUUCUUAAACAAUUAGAAGGAAUAGUUGAAAGUGUUAAACAAAAUCGAACUAAAACUGAAAAACGUCAACAAGGAGAAAAAUCCAAACGUGAUAUAUUAAAUAUACAAUUCCAACAAUUAAUAGAAAAGGCUCGACAAUAUGCAAAAGUUCUUAAAGAUUUUCAAGAGGCUAUUCGAGAAAACGAACAUCUUACUUCAAAAUCUAAAUAA